GGUUUCGAGAGUUUCGUAAGUUUCUAAAACCCUAAACCCAACAAAGUGACGGAAUCACCAUAUCGACGGAAAACCCUAGAACUUCCCUAUCAGACGAUCCAAGGUCUGAUUAGCUGCAGUAAUGGCGGACACAGUUGUCUCGAUCGAUAAGCUGAAAGCUUUCUGGCACUCUCAGGUUCACGACGAAGAGAAAUGGGCCCUCAACAUGAAACUUCUCCGAGCGGCUGGACUGUUUGCAGGAUCUAUCUUCUUGAUGCGCAACUGUGGUGAUCUCAUGGCGGUUUGAGGGAUAAACGAAUAAUCCUUGUUUAGAUUUUUACUUUACGCCAACAGUCGUAUUGCUGCUGUGCCUCCCAUUGUACUGCUGACCUGAGCAUUGUGCUGCAACUGAUAUGAUUUUUUUUUGGCACCAUAAAAGAUGCAAUCCAUGGGAUCAUAUGUUUCUGCCGUGUCAUC